UUAAUCCUUUUCUCUUCUUUUUACACCAGUGCUCCUUUCUGCCAAAAUUCUCCAUUUACAUUGAGACCAAAUACGAGAACAACAAUGGAUGCAAUGAUAACAUUUUUGACUCUGACAAAAACCACAUGGAUCACGAGGUGUGUUUUCUAGACAUUGCCUACGAUGAAAUCCCAGACCGUUACUACAAGAGUUCAGAGGAUCUCAGGUAUUUUGCUUCAGUGAAGACAGGCCGAGGUCCUCUGAAGGAGGGUUGGAGGGACGAACCCUCACCCAUCAUGUGCUCGUAUAAACUCGUUACUGUCAAAUUUGAAGUCUGGGGCCUUCAGACAAGAGUGGAGCAGUUCGUGCAGAAGGUCAUCAGGGACAUUCUAUUAAUAGGGCAUCGACAAGCAUUUGCCUGGGUGGACGAGUGGUGUGCUCUGAAGCGGUCGUUUGAGAUUGAUGAUGUGAAUGACGAGCCUCCGUUUUCACCUGUUUCUCCACUGAGCUCGCCUUUCUCUCCUGGCUCAACAGAAGUGCGAUCGCCACGGCUCACUGAAGGCUUUGCGUCUCCACCACCUUCCUAUCACACAAGGAUCAACAGGAGCUCAAGCACCAUCUCACCCCCUGGCUCUGCCCAGUACAGGAAGGUAUCUUCAAGCCUUUCUUUUAAUCAUGGCUCCAAACCAAUCCCCAGGGCCAACGGGAGCGCAGCGGGUACAUUAGGCCGUGUUUCCUCUUUCCAAAGCAAAAUAAACCCCAUUAGCUUUGUCCAGUCCUCCAGGCCUGGCGUUGAUGAUGGUGUCCAUGGCUCCGCAUCCAGUCUUGUACAUCACUCAAGGUUAAACUCUGUGUCAGGCCCACUGGGAUGCCAUGAUCCCGGUGUUAAGGCAAACCAUGUGCCAUCUCCGGCUUUGAAAAAAUACUUAUCGCAGGGCAAUAUGUUCCAUUCUGAAGUGGAUCGACCUGUGACGUCUGUGAAUGAAGGUGCAGUCAAUCAUGGUUCUAUGCCAUCCCUGGACCUUCACAUAGCUGAAGACCUCGCUCUGGAAGGCAAGGCUUCAUCCAAACUAAUGCAUAAAUUAAAUGUACCUCCUUACUCUGGGAUAAAGUCUCCGUUGACUCAAGAGAUCUCACCUGGCCUUGGUCAGCGAAUAAGUCAGAGAGAGCCACGGAUUGCUUCAACUGCCACCUAUCCCAGUUUAAGCAUGAGGCCUAUGCAAGAGGUGAGCUUUGGGCCAACUAAUUCAUUUUCCAACAAUGUGGCCGACUCCUUCUGUAAAGCUCAGGAGAGUCUAAUUACAAACCCUGAACCUCCUGCAAGAAGUCUCCCAAGAUCUCAAAUCAUCCAGAAUACAUCUUCCACCCCUAUCACCCUGACACGAUCGAAGCAACCUGUCUCAAUGACAUCCAUGCAUCAGUCUGGAGACUUCCUGCCUCUUGCCAUCGACACAGAGUCCAGCUCGGUACCCGUGCAUCAAUUGUCCCAGUUCAAGCUGGUGACGCAGCCACAGGUGAUUCAGGCCCCAACACCUCCUCAUUCCCCCAUGCCUGAUUCACAGCCUAAACUCACACAGAAUUCUGCGUUGAAUGACGACCCAAUAUUGGCUCUACACGUGAUGGAAAGUGCAGACCCUGUGGCCAAGAGAAAUCCUCCCUUCUCAAAAUCAGAUGAUUUAGGGAUACAUUUUAUCAACUCUAACGCCAAACUGACGGACAACAUUUAUCACGACGGGAAACGAGAGGAUCCACCUCUGGAUCAAGAAGUUGAGACGCAUUUGAAGCAGCAAGGAUUAGGUCUGAAGGAGGUGAAAGCGACGAUGGCGGAGAGAACGCAGGAGACUGGGCUUGUUUGUUCGGAAGGAUUUAAGAAGGACACGACGGGGCGAGACCUCUUUGGAUAUGUGGGCAUUGAAGCAGUCCUGGAUCAGAUGAGACGCAAAGCCAUGAAGACCGGGUUUGAAUUCAACAUCAUGGUCGUAGGUGAAAGCGGGCUUGGAAAGUCGACCUUGGUGAACACCUUGUUCAAGUCAAAAGUCAGCCGGAAGUCCUGCAUGCCCAACUACAUGGAGAGAAUUCCCAGAACAGUGGAACUCCAAACUAUUAGCCACAUUAUUGAAGAAAAAGGAGUAAAGAUGAACUUGACAGUUAUUGACACACCAGGAUUUGGAGAUCAAAUAAACAAUGAAAACUGCUGGGAACCAAUUGUGAAAUAUAUUAAUGAACAGUAUGAAAAAUACCUGAGAGAAGAGAUUAAUAUCAAUCGGAAGAAACGGAUUCCCGACACCAGGGUACACUGCUGUGUAUACUUUGUGCCUCCUACAGGACACUGGUUACGUCCAUUGGAUAUAGAGUUUAUGAACCGUCUAGCCAAAAUAGUGAAUAUAGUCCCUGUUAUCGCAAAGGCUGAUACGCUUACUUUAGAUGAAAGACGAGAUUUUAAACAGAGGAUUCGACAAGACCUGAGAAAUUAUUCCAUUAGUGUUUACCCCCAGACAGAGUUUGAUGAAGAUUCUGAGGACAAAUUACUAAAUGACACAGUUAGAGAGAAAAUCCCUUUUGCAGUUGUGGGUACCGACCAAGAACAUCAAGUGAAUGGGAAGAAGAUAUUAGGCAGGAAAACCAAGUGGGGAAUUAUUGAAGUUGAGAACGGGGCACACUGUGAAUUUGCAAAUCUAAGAGAUCUACUGAUCCGGUCCCACUUGCAGGAUCUGAAAGACGUCACACACAGGAUCCAUUACGAGAGCUACAGAGUGCGAAGAUUAAAUGAAAGCAAUGGCAUAAUCAAAGGCUUGCCAAAAGAGAACUAUGUAACCAGCAAGGAAGACCUGGAAAAUAAUCACUGAGGUCCUGCUCGUCAGCCGGCAAUAAACUUUGCUUUCAACGUCUCCCUUGCAUUGUACAGAUUUUGUAUUUCAAAUAGAACUGGAGUUAAAAGUGUUUUCUGUGUUAAAGCAAGGCCGUGGGAUUAUAGAAUUUAUGUAGAUCUUUUAACGGGAGACGGGGUGGAAUAAGGGGUGGGUUGGGGGGAGGGUUGUUAGAAGAGCGGGUUCGGAGAAAGUGUUGUCGUUUGACUACAAGUUUAUCAUUAUGGUGUCUGUAUUCCUGUCUGUCAUUAGCACAGGGGAGGUCAAAACAUAAAAGCUAGCUUACAUAGGUGAUCAAUAUGCGUCGAAUGUGUUCCCACGUUUAGUAUUUGCCUGCACAUUGCACAAUGGAUGUUGCUGAUUCUGAAUGAGUGCAGUUUGGUCAUCCAGCUUGUUCAAUUAAUGGUUUGUACAGUGUUGAUACUCACUAAACUAGAAAACGCCUUGCUUUUUUUUCCUCCGUUGAGAUAGGCGACAGUGCUGUAUCCUUGUAAGCUGGCAGCCUUGACCCACUUCUACUCCCUUCCCCCUCAGGCAUGAGGGUGCGUUGUUGGCUGGGCAAGGGGCGGCGAUGGCGGCUUACUGAUCUCCAGACCCCAGCCAGAAGGUCUGGAGACAAGCCCAUCCAAUGACAUGAAGUGGGUCAAAAAAAUCAUUCCAUGAAAAUGAUAGCAAAAGGCCAAGAAAGUGCUUUGGACACGUGUAGUUACCACGAAAGAAAAAUGGGUGUUGCUUGGAGGUACUUGUUGCUGUUUUCCUUUUGUGGGGCCACUUUAUAUAGUCAGUGAUCACAUUCACAAACCCAUUUAGAAGCCAGUAUGCAUUAUGGAGAGACAUGUGUUUGAGUCACCUUUGCAAUAAUUCAGACACUAUUGCCAAGCCUUUUUUUUAAAGCAAAGCAGUUGCUAAGUGCCAAUUUCUGGAGUGUGUAACUCAACUGGAUAAUGUUGUAAUUGAACAAACAGGACUGACCUUCAAUGGUCUAGCUCACAAGUAGAUUGUCUGGUGAAAGCUGAAACCUCACUCAGCGAUGUUCAUCUGUUCUUGGACUGAAUUAGAUACUUGGAAGCAUUUUUUUUUGAAGGUUGUAGAAUUGAUAAGGGACAGAAGGAGUUAUUUGUCCUGUUGACUGCUGGAAUAUUAAUCUAUUCAGCCAUCUGGUAGUCACAAGAUGCUAACGCUUAUGUAACAUGCGUAAGAACAAAACAGUAUGUCAAGAGGAUGGGACGUGACAAUGGGAACAGCGUAGUUACAGAAUGAUCAAAGUGAAUUGCCAAAGCAAGAGUUUUAAAAAUGAGAGCCUUUCAAUUGAUAAAAAUAUUUCAGCUUCAGUGAAUUUAUUUUCCACACCUACAGUUCGAAUGGCAUUUGGCAUUCCAAGUAGGAAGUUAUCACAAGAAACGAAUCCGCUGUGUCACAAGCUGAAAGGAGCUGACAAGGUACAUCGUUACUACGGUGUUAGUCAGCAAAGGAACUGCUUUAGUUCAGUGAUUAGAAAAGGCAAAUCUUAACAAUUUCAAUUGUUGCCAAAAAGAAAGUUAGGGGAAUUAAGCUGAAUCCUGCAUCUUCUAAUGCAUUUAGCUCUUGGGCCACAGUCAUUAUACAUUGACAGCUGGAUACUUGCUAUGGACAAAUUUGGUCAUUUAUAAUAUUUACAUUCCUUAAUUAUCGAGUUAGCCGGCUUCAAUGAGUGAUGCCUAUGGAAUAGUCGAACGGCAGGCCCACAUUGCUUGCCCAUCAGUGUGAGCACUUAUAAUUAAAGAGGAUAAUGUUCUAUUAGGUUCUAGUGUGAACCAUUUUUAUUAAGCAGGCUGGAGAAAAAGGAAAAUAAGGGUAAAGACAAAAUUAAAGUAUAAUCAAAGUCAGGAAAGACUCUGAUGGAAACCCAGAUUAAUCAUUGCUUUUGUAUCGUAACAAGUCAAAAAUCUCUCAAGAGCGGUCUCAGUUUUCUCCCCGCAGGAUCUAUUCCACCCUGCCUUACCCCUCAAAACAACAAGGCAAGUGUUGCACCUUGAUUCAUAACAGCUCUAACUGAAGUAAUACAGAGGGAAAGGUUUGGUUGGUUGGGGACGUUAAUAUAACCACAGCAUUCACUAAGCACAGGGUGAGAUAGACUGGGAUUCAGUGUAUGGAACCACAUACUAAAUUGAGGCUGGCUUAGCAUGUGCCUACUGGAGUGAUACUCAUCAGAAAGCCCUUAAGACAAGAGCUGUAUGCAUUCUCAAUCUUCCACCAUGGCUCUGAAUUGCAAGUAAUAUCCAGGAAUAGUAAAAAGAACUCAUUUGGCUGAGCAGCAUCUGUUCACAGAGAAGGAAUUGUCGAUGUUUUGCCCUGCAUCAGUGUCUCAGCCCAAAACAAAUUCCAACCCCGCCCCCCCCCCAAAGAUGCUGCUCAAUCUCCGGAGUUGCUCCAGCAGUUUAUGUCUCAAUUCAGGUUCGACUCUUGCUAUCUCUUGGAAUCGGAAGUUCUUUAGCCUUGCAACACUGACACCUGCAGGACUUUGGCAGAACUGCAAAAUCUCUUGUCAAAUUCGCAAAGAAACAGCACAACCCAAGUAUUUACCUUCACAAGGCCCAGCAAACAGAUGUGGACAACUCCACCUAAUAACAACAAACAAAAACCACUUUACAUUCAAAUGAAACAGAAAACCAAAGGAAGUGUCUGACAAUUUCACACUCCUUUAGGUUAUAAAUCAGCAUGACUGUUUGAACCUAGUAGAACAUUAUAUCUACCAAGGAGGUAGGAGUCUAACAAGGCAGUCGUAAGUGUAGGGGUGUUAACAAAAUGUGAUCUGUGUCUUAACUGAACUUUCAUCUGUAUUUUCUUUAAUGUUUUAAUUUAAACUUUUAAUGUUUAAAUGGUGGCCUUUCCUCUCAAGUCUCAGCAGAACUAAGUCAUUUGAAAAACUAGAAAUUGUUGGUUUGGACAAUCCUAACAGAGUACAUAGUUGUUUCUCUGAUGUAUCACUUGCUGGUUACAAUUAAGGUUAACGUUUAUGAAGCUUUCUUCUCCGUCCUUUAUAGCUCAAUGUCAAAGGGAGAAUUGUCCCCCACUUUAAGACCAUUACAUUGAUAGUGUGCACAAAGAUUAUUGUGUUAAUCCCAAGUUUCAGUUGUGAGUCCAGACCCAUGUUAAACAAAAGCUUUUUCAGCUUGCCUAGAAUUAAACACCUUUUAACCCUCUGCAUCAAAAAAAAUUGUGGUUCAACCCUUGUUUGCACAUACAAUAUCGUGUACUUACACUCCAUAUUUAACAAAAUUUUAAGCUUUCUCUUACAUUUUAUGGGGAUUAAAAUCAGAACAAAAAUAGAUUUUAUAUGUUCAUUUUAUGAUCAAAAUAAAGCUGUCUGCUAGUUAAGCCUUGUUUAAUUUUCUUCACACUGGGUUGUACUCGCAAUCUCUCAUGAAGCUGUUUGAGCAGCUCCCUCCACU